AAAUCAGACAAACUAUUUUAGUUAACUACUUAAAAUAGUUAUUUCAUUGAAAUGUUUUUAUCGAUUUUAAGUAGACAAGUUAACAGCCCAUCAUAAGAAAGGCGGUUGACUCCUCUGCUAAUUCAAAUACGAUGCAUUUACUGUAUUUUAUUUUAACCAUAUAUUUUUUCCGAAAUGUAAGGGCAGAUGUUGUUUUGGAUCGUACGACGGACCCUAGUAUACUUGAAGACGCAAGUUUAGAUACGUUUUCCCUGAUUAGAAAAUAUGGUUUUCCAUGCGAAAUCCAUCGCGUUUACACGGAAGACAAAUAUAUUCUCGAAAUGCAUAGAAUCCCCCACGGGAGAGAUGACGUCAGUGCCGUAGGGAGACCAGUGGUUUUUCUGCAGCAUGGUCUACUGUCAUCAUCUGCGGAGUGGGUCCUCAUGCUGCCCGGGAAAGGACUUGCAUAUAUUUUAGCAGAGGCAGGCUACGACGUAUGGAUGGGCAACGCUCGAGGGAACACUUAUUCCAAGCACCACGUCUCACUAAAUCCCACAUCAUCUUCGUUUUGGAAGUUCAGUUGGCACGAGAUCGGUUAUUACGACCUGCCUGCCAUGAUAGACUAUGUUAUAAAAGAAACUGGUGUUCCAAAAAUACAUUAUAUUGGAUUUUCUCAAGGGACCACAGCAUUUUGGGUGAUGACAUCUACAAGACCUGAGUAUAAUGAUAAAAUCGUGGCGAUGCAAGCCUUGGCGCCAGUGGCCUAUGUUGGAAAUGUUAGGAGCCCUUUAAUCAAAGCCAUUGCUCCGUUUACAAACUCAAUGGAAAUACUAUUCAAACUUCUUGGACGGAAUGAGUUCUUGCCUAACGGGAAAGUGAACGAGUUGGCUGGUCAGUCAUACUGCGUAGAAGAAGCGAUCACUCAGGUGCUGUGCACAAACCUCCUGUUUCUGUUGUGUGGUUUCAACGUAGAACAACUAAAUGCUACAAUGCUUCCCGUAGUUUUGGGCCACACGCCAGCCGGUGCAUCUACAAGGCAAGUCAUCCAUUUCGGUCAGCUCUACAACUCCAACAAAUUCGUCCAGUUUGACCACGGCUGGUUGUCCAAUAAACGACGAUACGGGACCUUCAAACCCCCAGCCUAUAACCUAACUGCGAUUACCACCCCAGUAUUUCUCCAUUAUGCUGACAAUGACUGGCUAUCAACACCUAAUGAUGUUGACAAAUUGCUCAAAGAAGUAAAUUCCGCUGUAGGAAAGUACAGAGUACCGUUAGCCAAAUUUAAUCACUUAGAUUUCGUUUUUGCUAUCAAUGCGAAAGAACUUAUAUAUGAUAGGUUACUAAAUAUAAUGAAACUGUUUAAUAAAUAA